UUGUGCAUGCCGUGCCAAAUCCAAACCCCAAGCCGAUCGGGGGAGAUGAGUCUGUGCGCUGGUGCUUGGCACUGGCACUGGCACAACGGAUAGGAGAGUACGACGCACACAAGCGGCGAUACUCAAUGAACUCGCCACCCCGUCACUAUCACACCCAUUCUCAUUCUAGCCACCGCCGCAUCGCAACCCGUCCCAUUCAUCCACCUCUGCAAGGCAUGGUCCGCCUCCCCCGCUGUGCAGAGACGGGCACGUGCCAUCACGCACGUCGCACGCAGCAGCAUACACCAUCCGCAGGCGGUGCACACGCGGCAACACCUCUGGCGAGCGCAUGUGUGUGGUUGUUUGCAUACUAUACUAGCAACCCGCAUUGACAUUGGCACGCCAGCGGUUCUUGCACGUUCGCCCUCGCUCACGCUGCUCCCCAUCGUCUCCAUUAAGCGUCACCCCCACUUCA